AUGUCUUUCGUAUACGAAACCAAGGGGAUGCCAUUCAGGAGAUUGGGUCCGAGCGGACUUCGCGUGCCUUUGUUCUCCUUGGGAGCUUGGUUGACCUACGGUGCCACUGUGGUAGGUGAUCCAGUGAAGGAAUGCAUCAAGACUGCCCUCGAACAUGGUAUCAACAUGUUCGAUACCGCCGAAGGAUAUGCGGAGGGAAAGGCGGAACUUGAAAUGGGUCGCGUAUUCAAAGAACUCGAUGUGAAGCGAACCGAUAUCAUAGUGUCAACGAAGAUUUUCUGGGGCGGUAAGGGCCCGAACGACACUGGUCUCUCCAGGAAACACAUCAUCGAAGGGACUAAGAAGUGUCUUGAACGGCUGCAGCUCGACUACGUGGACGUGAUAUUCGCGCAUCGCCCUGACCACAGCGUGCCAAUGGAGGAAAUUGUUCGCGCGUUCAACUUCGUCAUCGACCAAGGCUGGGCCUUCUACUGGGCAACGUCCGAAUGGUCUGCGCACGAGAUCGAAGAAGCGUACCACGUCGCCUCGAAGCUGGGUCUGAUUGCUCCUAUCGCCGAGCAAUGUCAACACAACAUGUUCCACCGCGAGCGUCCAGAGAAGGAAUACGCGCCCCUGUACAAGAACUAUUCGAUCGGAACGACCGUGUGGUCGGGCCUCGCCAGGGGCCUCCUGACUGGCAAGUACAACAACGGCAUCCCCUCGGACUCCCGCUUCGCCGUCCACGCGGACUUCUUUAAGACGCGACUGGAGAAGCUCCAGAGCGAGGAAGGCCAGAGGGAAAUCGAGAAGGUGAAGCAGUUGAGCGAGUUCGCUGAGAAAGAACUCGGAUGUGGUGUGCAGCACCUCGCGCUGGCGUGGCUGGCGGUCAACCCGAACACGAGUACGGUUAUACUUGGGGCCUCGAAGCCAGAACAGAUCGUCGACAACCUGAAGGCGCUAGAUGUCAUUCCCAAGCUGACACCAGAGGUCCUGGAGAAGAUUGAGCAUAUUCUCGAGAAUAAACCAACCCCAUGGACGACUUACGGGCGUGCUUCUCUUGAUACGUCCGUCCGAUUCAAUCCGACAUUCAUCUGA